AACUUCGCCCUCACCGUCGGAUUCGUUGAAAGGAGGAAGCUGCGCGCCAAUGCCCUGUUACCCUGUACCGGCGAAGAAAUAAAGUAGGGUUGGGAGUCGCGACUUCAGAGACACAAGGAAACAGAAAUGGGAGGGAAAGGAAGGAAAAGGAGAGAGAAGAACUACAAAGCGGCGCAUGGAGGCCAUACCCGUCUCCCGCCGCCGCCCGACCGUUCCCAAGUCGAUGCUCUUCCCUCCAAACUUCGCCAUAUCAUGUCCUUCACUUCUCAUCUUCUUGAUGGUUCUGCUAAACCUUCCAAGUCUACUGAAGAGAAGACGAAGCGGGGAGGCGGUGAUGCUGAAAAGAAACUCCCUCCAGAGGAUGCAAUUACCUCAGAAGCUAUUGUAGAUGAAGGUGAAGAUGAGAAUCUCUUGACAACCCAACAUUCAGAUGAUAGUGAUGAGACUGUGCGGAACAGCAACGAUGAAAAGAGAAAGAAAAAGAGAAAGAGAAAGAGAAUGCAAGUCAUUGAUCUUCGGUUUGACACAUCAAUGGAGAAGACAAAAUCCAGUGAGAAAAGGCGGGAGCGCAAGAAAAAGUAUUUGGAAGCAAAGAAGAAAAAACGCCAAAAAUCCAAAACAGAAGAAGAUUUGGAUUUUCCUGGACAUGAACAGAUAAAAUUUGGAGAUGUAGUCCAAGCUCCACCAAAAUUGGUUGCUGUUCCUAAGGUACUGAAGAAUGUUCCAGAAGCAUCGCGAGAAAGGAUUCGGUUACAGGCUAUUGAGGAAUACAGGAAACGUAAGGGAUGGACCUCCAGGCCAGGGCUUAAGCUUCCUAUUGUGACUGAAACGCAUCCCAUGUAAUUGGUCAGAGCUUAAUGCUUCAUUUUGAGUCGAUGUCUUUUUAUGUUUGUGGGACCAACACAUCUUAUUAUAGGGUGUAAUACAUGAGGACUGUAAUCGGUGCCUUAAUGUGCUUCAAUUUUGUUGAUGAAUGGAGGGUGUCAUCAUAGAGUCUAAAUUCCAUCAUCAUCAUUAUUAAAUUAGAACAGGAAAACCCUUUCAAUCAAUUUUUUAAGUUCGAUUGCAUUGUUUCCUUUAA